AUGGCCGCGUCCACCCUGUCCGUCUGCUCCAGCGACCUGAGCUACGGCGGCCGCGUCUGCUUGCCCGGUUCCUGUGACUCUUGCACUGACUCCUCCUGGCAGGUGGACGACUGCCCAGAGAGCUGCUGCCAGCCCUCCUGCUGUGUCCCCAGCUGCUGCCAGCCCUCCUGCUGUGUCCCCAGCUGCUGCCAGCCCUCUUGCUGUGUCCCCAGCUGCUGCCAGCCCUCCUGCUUUGUUCCCAGCUGUCGCCAGCCCUCCUGCUGCACCUGCUCCCCCAGCCAGCAGUCUUGCUGUGUGUCCAUCUGUUGCACACCUGUCUGCUGCAAGCCUGUGUGUUGCACACCCAUCUGCUGUAAGCCCGCCUGUUGCACACCCAUCUGCUGCAGGCCCCUCUGUUGCACACCCGUCUGCUCUGGGGCCGCCCCCUGCCCCUCGUCCUGCUGCAGACCCUCCUCCUGCGUGUCCCUCAUCUGCCGCCCCGUGUGCAGGCCCGCCAGCUGCGUGCCCAUCUCCUCCUGCUGUGCCCCCGCCUCCUCCUGCCAGCCCAGCUGCUGCCGCCCCACCUCCUGCAUGUCUGUCAUCUGCCGCCCCCUGUGCUCCCGCCCGACCUGCUGCAUCCCCGCCUCGGCCCAGAAGUCCUGCUGCUGA